AUGAACGGCGCCUUUGGCUGCAAUUCGUCCGCGGUACGACGCUGCUGGAUCGAAUUCGGUGGCUUGUCUUGGGCGCAAGCAAACCUCAGGGGAGCACCCCCCUGGAUCCAGCUCCCGACAGGGAACGCACGUGGUGAUGUCUUCGCCAUCACAGUCUUGUUCCAAUCAGCCAUUUUCACCCAACCAGAUUCGAUAUGGGCCAAUCCGUUCGAUGUGACGGCCCUUUCGAUAGCUCGUCUUGCCUUGGACCGAGUGGCUGCCCGUCGAAUGGGCCAUCUCAGCCUUGCUCUGGAAGAGCCAAUUCGCCUGGCAGAAGCUCGCCCCCUGGAGACGACACCAGAAAACGAGGCGCCCGUCGAGGAUGCUUGCACCCCCCCCCCCCCCCCCCCCAAUGGCUUGAUGUCUUUUUGGUCGCAGCCUGUGGGGAUGCUUGGAGGCACAGCGCCGCCUCAUCACAUCCACAGGCAAAUCCCGCAUCAAAGCCACCCUUUGGCUUGA